AUGACGCGCUACCUACCCGAGUCGAGCAUCCUCAAGCCGAAAGACCCGACGUUAGUCGAGGACGACUGGCCUAUUUUUGUGCUUUCGGACGCCAUUGUAUACCGACCGGAUGGCGUGACCUUGGCCAACGCCGUCCUGGUCGCGCAGGAGGGACCUUGCAUUGUGCGGGGACGACUCGAGGUCGACGACAAGGAGGACAUCCAAUAUCUCGUCAAGCCGACUGUACGGACGGCCAACAUCGAGGCCAGAGGCAUCGAGAACUACUCCAUCGGAGACGACCCGCAGGGUGUCGUCUGGCUGGCAUCGUCGGCCGGCUGGUUCGAAAUCAACCCACAUCCUUCGUACGAGCGCAUCUACCGAUCAAUGUGCGACAUGACCGUGCUCUACUACAUUCUGCUCGGGGUCUAUAUCAAGGCGUGCGAGGGCGCCGACUCGAAGAGCAAGCAUAGAAUACUUGCCACUCUCGACAUCAAGGAAAUUCUGUUCGAGUACGCCGUGGCCCUCGGCAACGGCACUACAUACGAGGAGGCCGUCGAUAUGUGCGUGCAGCUGGGCCCAAUGCUGCUAGCGCACUUUGCUAGAUCCAAGGACCUGGACUGGGUCAAGUCCAGCUUCGCCAAGUGGCUGGUCAAGGAGCUCAAGGACAGGGAGCGGUCAGCGAGGAGCUCAAGCCGUAGCGAGUCUGCGGCUCCGGUGCCAUCGCAUUCUCAGGCCGAGACGCAAGCGCUUCGACCUGGCACCACCCCCGUGCCGCCGCCGCAGUUACCGUCUGCACCAUCAGCACAAGCCGCCACUCCAGGCUUGUCUCAGCAACUGCCGUUCCGUGCUCCGCCCGGCGUGGCGGCAAACGGAAAUGGAGGAUCGUCCCAGGCAUCACCCGUGCCGUUACCAACGUAUGCGAGUCGCGAACAGUCGGGGUCGGGGUCGCCGGCCAGCGCUGUACAGUCAGCCGUGCCCAGCGAGCUGCGGGACAGUGUGUUCAAGGUGUAUCUCGAGAUUAUCGAAGCGAUUGGCGCAGCGCACGGCGAUCCAAGGAAAAUCUCUGUCGGAAAGGUGCACUACGGGGUGUUUACCAAAUUCAAGGUCCGUAACUACAACCUGGGCAAACAUCUCUCCGCGCUCUUCAGCAGUGAGCUGCUUGCGUCACUAAGCGACAGCUGGCAUGGCAGCCCCUACGAGGCGUGGUUGACGUCCAAAGAGGCCCUCGAGUUUACGCCGACGUCAGCCACGUUCCUGGCCGACGUGCCCAACCAGCUUGUCCGGCGUGCCCACCAAGCCCCUAGUGCGACGAGCUCGGCGUCCACAGCCCCUUCCUCUGCAAAGGGCCCUUCAACACCGCAGACAAAUUCGCCGGUGCUGCCCUCGCCGCGCAUUUCGGGCAAGCGCGCCGUGUUGCGGCUGCCAACCGUCUCCAAGAAGCGUCGCUUUGAAGGUGCUUUUGGCGAGGGCCGUCCAUCCAGUGCCGAUAACGGUGAUAGUGCCGACGCGGCAUCGGCAGCCUCGCGUGGCGGCACGCCGCGGCCGGUCGGACGGCCGCGCAAGACAGCCAAAAACAACCAUGACGGCGACAGGGCUGCACGGCAUCCGUCGUCCCAAGCCAUGCAAGUUGAUAUCAGCAGCGACGACGACAGCAGUAGCAGCGACGACAACAGCGCCGGAGACUCCGACAGUGAACGCCGGAAGAAAGAAACCAUACUGGCCGUACGCGCCGAGCCUCUGCUGAUCUCGACCAGACCGACUGGGCCCAACCGGACGUGGACCUGCCCGCAGCCGGGCUGCAUCUAUUUUGUCCGCGACGCCGGCACGCCAGACCUGUCCGACAACAGUGACGAAGACGACAACGACGACGGCGACGACGACAAUGCAAAGGCCGCUCGCAACCGCAUCAAAGAGCACCUGCGCAGUCACGAGAAGGAGAUGCUGAGCCGCGUCGACCUGGCGAUCACGGAAGGCACGCGUGGGCACGUAUCGGUUGACCACCUACUCGAGAAGAUUCGCACGCUGGCAGAUAAGAACAACCAGCGGACAGCAGCGGCCUCCACUGCAUCUAGUACAGCUGUAACGCCGACAGCUGUCACAUCGGGCACGAGUUGGCGGUCGCGGUUCUUCUACUAA